UAUCCAUGGAUGCAGAACCCAGUGGUACAGAGGGCCAACAGUAGAGAUCUGGGCUGAAGGUGAUCUGAAGCUGAGUGAGAUGGAAGAUUUUCGAGGUAUAGCAGAAGAGUCAUUUCCAAGCUUUUUAACCAAUUCAUUGUUUGCUAAUAGUGGGAUUUUGGAAAAUGUCACUCUUUCCUCAAAUCUCGGUUUGCCUGUUGCUGUUUCCACACUUGCUAGAAAUAGAUCCAGCACUGAUAACAGGUGUCCUGAUAUCCAGGCAUCUUACUUAGCAGAAGAGAGGUUUUCAGUUCCAUUUGGGUCAUCGCCCAGCAGCCAGAGUGAUGCGGAACCAAGAGAAAGGUUACAACUGAGCUUCCAGGAUGAUGAUUCUAUCUCUAGGAAAAAGAACCGUGUGGAAAGUCAGUGUUUGUCAGAUGUUCUCAGGAAACAGUCAGCUUUCCCAGGUGACAUAGCAGGACUAGAAGAGGAGCAGGCCAAAACGACAGAAUCCUUUCAGGGUCAAGAGCUUUUUGAAAGGACUUCACCACUGGAACAAAUACAAGACUCACUUACUGAUUUUUGUCUACAAUCACGGACACAUAAUAAAGAACACAAGAUUGUUGUGCUAGAUGCUGGAAAACAUUUUAAAGAUGAGACUCUCAACAGUGACUUCAGCCACACUAGCUUAUUAGAAAAUGAGAAACUUAUGUUACCAACAAGCUUUGAAGAUUCUUCUGAUGAUGAUAUUGAUGAUGAACUGUUUUAUGAUGAUCAUUUAGAGGCUUAUUUUGAACAACUGGCAAUUCCAGGAAUGAUAUAUGAAAAUCUAGAAGGACUGGAACCUCCAGAAAAAGAUUUUAAGUUACCUACAAGUGAUCCGACUGAGGAAAAUGAAAACAGUAGCUUAAAUUGUAAGUUUCUAUCAGAAAAUAACAGCUCAUUGAUUUCCCAUGGUUCACACUCUUCUGAAAAAACUCACAAAGAGACUGAAGAAGGUCAAGUUAUUUGUCUACCUGGGAUUAGUAAUUCUGUAGGUACUGGAAGACACACAGAUGUUUGUAAAUCUGUAGGUGCUAGAAAACACACAGAUGAUGAGUUACCAUUUUCCUCUAAUUCUUGGAGAAAUGAAAAAGAAAGGGCAGAAAAUUUGGAGAAUAUUGUUCCAGAUCUUAGCAGAGAAAGUUCAGAAGAAGACGUUCUGGUAAAGAUUCUCAAGGCUCCUGAUGUGAGACUUAACCCUGUUAAUUUUCAUGGCAUAAAUGCCCAUAAAGGUGAUUUUGGCCUGAUUGACACCAUAAAACAGAGGGCAGAGUCUUUUCACCAAAAUAAGCAUUUGGCAUCAGAUGCAGAAACAGUUUUGCCUGUGGAUGGUUGUUUAGACACUGAGACUUCUGUGUUCAUUCAAAAAAAUGCGGGCAUAGCAUCUUUGAAGCCUCUUAAUGACAAUGACAUUAAUCCCACUAAUACUCUUUGGUCUCCCACUUCUGAGAGGCGAACAUGUGAAUGUCAUGAAUCUAUUGAAAAGAGUAAAGACAAGACAGAUGUCCCCCAGAAUGUGAUCUAUCAAAAUGAAGAGGGCAGAUGGGUCACUGACCUUGCUUAUUACACAUCUUUUAAUAAUGAACACAAUUUCAAUAUGGCUUUAUGUGAUGAGAUGAAUGAAGACUUCAGAUCUGGUUCUGAAGCAUUUGAUUUGAUUGCACAAGAUGAAGAAGAAUUUAAUAAAGAACAUCAGUUUAUACAGGAAGAAAAUAUAGAUGCUCAGAACACUUCAGUUGCACUUGGGGAUUCAUCCUGGGGAGCUGCAGUUAAUUACAAUCUGCUGAGAAAAUCGCUUAGCACAUCAGAUUUGGACAGAGAUGAUGCCAGCUAUUUACGUCUGUCCUUAGGAGAGUUCUUUGCUCAGAGGUCAGAAGCUCUUGGUUGCCUUGGUGGUGACAACAACGUGAAAAGACCAUCAUUUGGCUAUUUCAUUAGAUCACCAGAGAAGAGAGAACCUGUUGCUUUAAUAAGAAAAUCUGAUGUAUCAAGAAGUAAUUUGGGGGAAAAAAUGGUUCACCAUAACCAUCAUCUGUUUUCAGGAGAUUUAAAUGAACAAUCCCAGGCACAACUAAGUGAAGGAUCAAUUACACUUCAGGUUGAAGCCAUGAAGAGUGAUUCACAAGUGGAUGAAAAUGAUGUGACAUUAACGGCUGAUAAGGGCAAAACAGAGGACACUUUCUUCAUGAGCAAUACACCCCAAAGAUGCAAAGACAAGCCACCUGAUAGUGGUGAUUCUGUACUUAGGAUCAGCACCAUUGCUUCUGCCAUUGCAGAGGCAUCAGUGAGCACUGAUCCUUCCCAACUUGCUGCCAUGAUCAAGGCACUGUCAAAUAAAGCCAGAGACAAGACUUCUCAGGGCAAUGAGAGACAAAAGGAUUGUUCCAAUGUGUCUCAUUUCUUACCUAAUGAUUUAGAAAGGAGUAAUGGAUCCAGUAUAUUUGAUAUGGAAAAAUACCUUAAAAAAACAGACGUUAGUAGAUAUGAAGGAGGAUUGGAAAACUUUUCAAGAGCUGGUAUGUCUGGUAUUUGGGAUUUAUCUUUGCCAAAAGAGCCAACUACCCAAGACAUCCAUACAGUGGACUUAGGUGCUACUAAUAUAAGUGUAAGGGAACCAAAAAAAAAUGCAGCAGCUAUUUUUAACGAUGAAAGUGGAGAGAGUGAAAACCAAGAAUCGUUGAGAACGGCAAACUCUUCAAAUUCAGUUACAAACAUAAAAGGGAAUGAUAGUGCAGUAGUUGGUGUGAUGACAUAUCCUAUUGACAACAAAUUGUCUGAUGUUGGUAACAGUGAAAAGGCUACCUCAGGUUCCACUCCACCACUGGAGAGUUAUUCAUCAGUAAGGAACCCCAGAAUAACAUCCUUUUGGCUGUCAGAAAAGCAUGAAGAAAUACAAGGUAAUAGAGAAAAUCGAAGGCAAAAGCAGCAUGUUAGUGAAUCAAGCAACAGUGAAAGGCAUGUGACUUUUGAAAACCAUUGCAUAAUCUCACCGAAAACUGUCGAUUUGAAAAAUACCUCUGCUGAGUAUGAUGGACAUGGCUCAGAGGAUGACCAGGAGAGCUUCAGACCUUCCACUUCACCACUGAGUCAUUCUUCUCCUAGCGAAAUUUCUGGAACAAGUUUAUCAGGGUGUGCUUCAGAGUCCUUCGCUUCAACAGCUCAUCAUCAGACGCCUCCUUGUGAGAGUGAGUUGUCGCCCUUCCCAUGUCCAGAUGCUAGUGUAAGCAGACUGACUUGUGUGUCUGAACAAGAGAGCACCUCUCCUAUCACAGCCACAGAUUGUGGCCCAGAGGAUCACAAGAGUGAUAUCACCAGUGAGUUGAGCACCACAAUUAUUCAAGCCAGUCCAGCUCCGUCAGAGGAACAGGCAGUGGAAAAGCUGAGAGAAAAAGUUCCAUUUCAGAAUAGAGGAGAAGCAACAUUAUCAUCACCUAUUAUCCAGAAUAACUCUGAUAUGAAAAAAGUAACUGAAACUACUCAGAGUAGCACAUCUGAAGAUGUAAAACCUGACUUUAGAUGGAGUAAAGAUCCUUCUUCCAAAAGUGGAGAUCUGUUGCAAACCAGUGAGGUAGGUUUGACAUCAAACCCCGAGGAAUUAGACCCAAUCAGGCUGGCUCACCUGAGCAAGUCAGGUCUGAGCCAUCAGGCUGGGUCAGUCACGUCACAUCUCCCUGUGUCAUGCCAGGAGUCUGUGGACAACCAUCAAAAAAUAACUUCUAAAGAUGUAUCAGAUGCCAGCAGUGAGUUAUGUGGCCAAGUUUCUAAUCGGACCACCUCUGGAAAGCAGAGCACUGUUGUUCCUGGUGGCACGGUUCAUGGCUCUGCUGCCGAGAUGUGGAACGUGCCUGCUGCAGUGCCUGCACUCUGGACGCGACACUCGCUUAGCGCACCUCCCUUUGCCCCGCAGUAUUUGGGAACACUCCCUUCAGCUGGAAAUAUUACCUUGCCUCAGUGCCAUGCUGGCAAUGCCACAGUCUGUGGGUUCUCAGGAGGCUGUCCUUAUUCUGCUGUCACAGGAGAGCAUGUACAGAACUCUGUGACUGUGGGAAUUUGUCUAGGACCAAGUAUUGACUCUGGAUUGAUGGGUACCUCUUCCCUUUGUAACCCAUAUUCUAAUGCCUUAAAUCAGAACCUGCUAAGUACAGCAAAACCUUUUCCUGUGCAAUCUGUUGGUGCAAAUUGUGGACUUGAAUCAUGGGAUUCAGGAUUGACAUCAGGAUUUGGGACUGUGAGAGUGCCCGAGGAACUGAAGUUUCCUCAUGCUUGCUGUGUUGGCAUCGCCUCACAGACCCUCCUCAGCGUACUCAAUCCAACCGACCGUUGGCUGCAAGUCAGCGUUGGGGUUCUCAGUGCUAGUGUUAAUGGUGAGAAGGUGGAUCUUUCAACAUAUCGUUGUUUAGUUUUCAAGAAUAAAGUCAUCAUAAGACCUCAUGCCACAGAAGAGAUGAAAGUACUUUUUAUACCAUCCCGUCCUGGGGUUUUCAGAUGUACAUUCAGUGUUGCUUCUUGGCCAUGUUCAGCAGAUACUGAGACAAUAGUCCAAGCAGAAGCUUUGGCAAGCAGAGUCAUUCUCACUGCUAUUGCAGAAAGCCCUGUUAUCGAGGUAGAAACAGAAAAGAAAGAUGUUCUUGAUUUUGGUGACUUGACUUAUGGAGGCUGGAAAGGUCUCCCACUAAAACUGCUAAACAGAACACAUGCCAUCGUGCCAGUCAGACUGAUUAUUAAUGCAAAUGCCGUAGCCUGGCGCCGUUUCACAUUUUCCAAGGAACCUGUUGGCGCUUCUGUGAAAGCUGUUCCUUUUGCUGAUGUGAUUGCUCAGCGGGCAGGAUCUUCUGUCACCAAUCACAUGAUGCCUGCCAGUUAUGAUGGACAGGAUCCAGAGUUUCUGAUGAUUUGGGUUCUUUUCCAUAGUCCAAGGAAACAAAUUGGUUCUUCAGAAAUUUUAGAGUCAGCAGAAGAAUUCUUGGCAAGAGUCGAUAUAGAACUCGACAGCCCAAACCCUACACCCGUUCUUAGAAGUAUUGGCCUCCGAGCAAGAGCCGGAAUAGCUAGGAUACAUGCUCCAAGGGACUUGCAGACGAUGCAUUUGUUGACCAGUGUGGCUUCCUCAACAAAGCAGCACUUACCUUUGAAAAAUGCUGGGAAUAUUGAAGUAUAUUUAGAUAUCAAGGUCCCAGAACAAGGAAGUCACUUUUCAGUGAAUCCAGAAAAUCUCUUCCUUAAACCUGGAGAAGAACAUGACGUUAUAGUUUCAUUUACUCCAAAGGAUCCCAAAGCCUGUGAGGAAAGGAUCCUGAAAAUAUUUGUGCAGCCAUUUGGACCUCAGUAUGAAGUAGUGUUAAAAGGUGAAGUUAUUUCUUCAGGAAGUAAACCUCUGCCACCGAGACCUUGCUGCUCAGAUAUUCCAUUGAUUUUGUCCAACAAACAGUUUCUGUCUUGGGGAGGUGUCCCUCUCAGUAGAACACAGCUUCAGAAACUAGUUUUAAGAAACAAUUCUACAUCUACAGCCCAACAUUUACGACUUCUUAUUAGAGGACAAGAUCAAGACUGCUUUCAGCUUCGGAACACUUUUGGUUCAGAAGAACGAUUGACUAGUAACUAUGAGAUCAGAAUUCACCCAAAAGAAGACUCUGUCAUUUCUGUAUUAUUUGCACCUACUCGAUUGUCCUGUAUGUUGGCUAAACUAGAAAUCAAGCAACUUGGAAAUCGAUCACAACCAGGCAUUAAGUUCACGAUACCUUUGUCUGGAUAUGGAGGAGCAAGUAAUCUUAUUUUGGAAGGUGUUAAAAAAUUAUCUGACAGUUACAUGGUAACAAUGAAUGGCUUAAUACCAGGCAAAGAAAGUAAAAUUAUGUUUUCUGUCCGCAACACUGGCUCUCGAGCAGCUUUUGUUAAAGCAGUAGGUUUUAAGGAUUCGCAGAAGAAAGUUUUGCUGGAUCCUAAAGUAUUGAGAAUUUUUCCAGAUAAAUUUGUGCUCAAGGAAAGAACACAAGAAGAUGUUACUUUAAUAUAUAAUCCAUCAGACAGAGAGAGCAAUUAUAAAACUGCAACAGAACUGUCAACUAUAUACUUCUUUGGUGGAGAUGAAAUUUCAAGACAGCAGUAUCGAAGAGCCCUGUUGCAUAAACCAGGGGUUAUAAAACAGAUACUUCCAGAACAUAGUGUACUACAAAACAUUACUUUUGCUGAAACAUUUCAAGAUGAGCUAUCAAUAACUGAAGUGUAUGAUCUUCCCCAACAGCCUAAUGAUGUUCAGCUCUUUUAUGGAAACAUGUCUAAAAUUAUACUUUCAGUCGUUGGAGAAUUUAGAGAUUGCGUUUCUAGCAGAGAAUUUUUUCAGCCUUCUUCCAAAGCUAGCUUGGACUCCACAAGUGGAUCAGGAACUUCUAGAAAACAUGAUGGCAAUGUGUCUUUGGAUGUCUUACCAGUCAAAGGUCCUCAAGGUCCUCCUCUUUCACAAGCUGCGCCCGCGCCUCAGGACCAGCCAGCCUCUGGAGAGACAUGGACUAUCCUACCUGAACACUUGAUUUUGGUAGCUCCCUCUCCUCGUGACAUGGCAAAAACUGGACGUUUCCAGAUUGUAAAUAAUUCCAUUAGGUUACUGAAAUUUGAGCUGUGCUGGCCAGCACAUUGCCUUACGGUCACACCACAACAUGGAUUUGUAGCACCAGAGAGUAAACUACAAAUUCUUGUGAGUCCUAAUUCCUCCUUAUCCACGAAACAGUCAAUGUUCCCAUGGAGUGGUCUGAUCUAUAUACACUGUGACAAUGGACAGAAGAAAAUUUUGAAAGUUCAAAUUCGAGAAGAUAUGACACAAGAAGAAUUUUUAGCUCAUGUGACCGCCACACCCUUUGGAAUUCUUCCCUCAGUUUCUGAACCUCCACUUAGUCAUUUGUUAAAACCAGUGACAAAACCACCUUCCACAAAAGUUGAAAUAAAAAAUAAGACUGUUACUUUUCCUACAACAGAACCUGGUAAAACUUCAGAUAGCUGUUUGGAGCUCGAGAAUCAUGGCACCGCAGAGGUGAAGUGGCAUCUGUCAUCUUUAGCGCCGGCAUAUGUCAAGGGUGUUGAUGAAAGUGGAGAUGUUUUUAGAGCUACAUAUGCAGCAUUCAGAUGCUCUCCUAUUUCUGGUAUACUGGAAAGCUGUGGACUCCAAAAGGUCUUCAUCACAUUUUUGCCUAGAGAUCAAGGGGAUUAUGCCCAGUUUUGGGAUGUUGAAUGUCACCAUUUUAAAGAGGCUCAUAUGAAACACACAUUGAGAUUUCAACUCUGUGGACACAGUGUCAAAGCAGGAAAUGAGUCUGAAAACGCAUGCAUUUCUACAAAGUCCCUCAUUAAAAUAGAUAAUUUAGUUAAGCCGCGAAGACAAACUGUGCCAGAAGCUUCUGCUCUCCUACCUGAACAGCUUGAUGUGAUUCACCGUGGAGUUUAUGCCCCAGAAGAUGUGUACAGGUUUCUGCCAACUAGAGUUGGGGAGUCAAGAACACUGAAAGUCAAUUUGCGGAACAAUUCUUUUAUUACACACUCGCUGAAGUUUUUGAGUCCUAGAGAGCCAUUCUACAUCAAACAUUCCAAAUACUCUUUGAGAGCCCAGCAUUACAUCAACAUGCCUGUGCAGUUCAAACCGAAGUCCGUGGGUAGAUUCGAAGCUUUGCUUGUCAUUCAAACAGACGAAGGCAAGAGUGUUGCUGUUCGACUAAUUGGUGAAGCUCUUGGACAAAAGUAACUGGAAAACAUUUUGUGUAAAGUAAAUUUCAUGAGUACAUUUUGGUAACUUUGUUUUUCUACACUACAGUUAUGCUUUUGUGUAUAUGUUUUGUAUGAUUUUGGAUGUAUAUAAUUGUAAAUGUUUUUGUUUUUAGAAGCUAAUACUGAAGACUUGAUUAAAAUAUCAUGUAUCUAGCCUACAGUAUUAUACUAACUUUUACCGUGGAGAAAAGUUCUAUUUUUGCGAUGAUUAUGAUAUUCUGAAUAAAUAUGGCAUACAUUUUAAUGUGGUAUAUUCAGAAA